AUGGAUGGCGACGCCGGCAGAAUUCCGGCGCUAUGCGCCGGCAUCUCGGCGCCGCCCGCCGUCCAGCGAGAUUCGUCCGCCGCGGCGUCCGCGCGCGUGUUCCGGCUCGAGGUGGCGUGCGGCCUCUGCCUCACCAACCCUGCUAGUCCCAGCCCGGCGCCACGGGCGUGGUUCGAACGCUUCGUCGGGCACGUCGCGUCGCUCGGCUUCGUCCAGUCCAAGGCAGACUCGUCCCUGUUCGUCUACAACCGCGACGGCGCCACCGCCUACCUCCUUCUGUACGUCGACGACAUGAUCCUCUCCGCGUCCACACCGAACCUCCUUCAUCGUGUGAUCACCCGUCUCCACGACACAUUCGCCGUCAAGGACAUGGGUCCAGUGCGACACUUCCUCGGCUUCAACGUGCGCCGCAACAGUGAGGGGUUUUUCCUCUCACAAACCCAGUACGCCGAGGAGCUCCUUGAGCAUGCAGGCAUGGCAAACUGCAAGCCAGUGACGACACCAGCGGACACUAAGUCGAAGCCCUCCAAUGCUGACGGCGAGCUCAUCACCGACGCCACCAGCUACCGCAGCAUCGCCGGAGCGCUUCAAUACCUCACGAUCUCCCGGCCCGACAUCGCCUACGCCGUGCAACAAGUGUGCCUGCAUAUGCAUGCGCCACGGGAUAUGCACCAGACAAUGCUCAAGAGGAUUAUGCGGUACAUCAAAGGCACCCUACGCCUUGGCGUUCAGCUACGCGCGGCACGCACACCGACGAUCACCGUGUACUCGGACGCGGACUGGGCCGGCUAUCCAGAUACGCGGCGCUCUACGUCGGGUUUCUGCGUCUUCCUCGGCAACUCUCUCAUCUCGUGGUCUUCCAAGCGGCAAACCACGGUUUCGAGAUCGACUGCUGAGGCAGAAUACCGCGCCAUCGCCAACGCCGUCGCCGAGUGCUCGUGGCUACGUCAUCUUCUCGGCGAGCUUCUGUGCAAGGUCCCGUCUGCGACCAUAGCGUUCUGCGACAACAUCUCUUCGGUCUACAUGUCGCGGAACCCCGUGCAUCAUCGACGCACAAAGCACAUUGAGCAGGACAUUCAUUUCGUCCGAGAGAAGGUGGCCAUUGGCGAGGUUCGCGUCAUGCACGUUCCAAGCGCGCGCCAGAUCGCAGAUGUCUUCACCAAUGGGCUCCCGUCGGCACUCUUCUUCGAUUUCCGGGACAGCCUCUCCGUUACGGACGGCGACGUCGAGACUGCGGGGGGUGUCAACGGAAACUCAUCAGCAACGGCUAGCGCCUGCACUCGGACGACCGCGUCUUGA